GGUAAACCCCGUGGAUUGAAAACCGCCAGAAAACAUGUGAACCAUCGUAGGGACCAAAGGUGGGCUGACAAGGACUACAAAAAAGCUCAUUUAGGUACUCGCUGGAAGGCUAACCCAUUUGGAGGAGCUUCACAUGCCAAAGGAAUUGUACUUGAAAAAGUAGGAGUUGAAGCCAAGCAGCCAAACUCUGCUAUUCGCAAGUGUGUGAGGGUACAGCUGAUCAAGAAUGGUAAAAAGAUUACUGCUUUUGUGCCCAGAGAUGGUUGUCUAAAUCACAUUGAAGAAAAUGAUGAAGUUCUAGUAGCAGGAUUUGGUCGUAAAGGUCAUGCUGUUGGUGAUAUUCCUGGAGUAAGAUUCAAAGUCGUCAAAGUUGCUAAUGUUUCACUACUAGCAUUAUACAAAGAAAAGAAGGAGAGACCCAGAUCAUAA